UCACUCACUGGGGAACCCGGCGGUGGCGGCACCUUUCGAGGCAAAGGCGUUCAGACGCGAGCCUGCCGGCUAGCCAGAAGAAGAAGUCGGACACACUGACUGCGAAGCCGACGGACGUACAGACAGCGGAUCUGCCAGACGAUCCGAGUCGCCUCAAGUUCCGCCAUGAGCUGGGGCACGGAGCUGUGGGAUCAGUUCGACAGCUUAGACAAGCAUACACAAUGGGGAAUUGACUUCUUGGAAAGAUAUGCCAAAUUUGUUAAAGAGAGGAUAGAAAUUGAACAGAACUAUGCGAAACAAUUGAGAAAUCUGGUUAAGAAGUAUUGUCCCAAACGGUCAUCCAAAGAUGAAGAGCCAAGGUUUACCUCGUGCAUAGCCUUUUUUAAUAUCCUUAAUGAGUUAAAUGACUAUGCAGGACAGCGAGAGGUAGUAGCAGAAGAAAUGGCGCACCGAGUUUAUGGUGAAUUAAUGAGAUAUGCUCACGAUCUGAAAACUGAAAGAAAGAUGCAUCUCCAAGAAGGACGAAAAGCUCAGCAAUACCUUGACAUGUGUUGGAAACAGAUGGAUAAUAGUAAAAAGAAAUUUGAAAGAGAAUGUAGAGAGGCAGAGAAAGCACAACAGAGCUAUGAAAGAUUGGAUAAUGAUACUAAUGCAACCAAGGCAGAUGUUGAAAAGGCCAAACAACAGUUGAACCUGCGUACACAUAUGGCUGAUGAAAAUAAAAAUGAAUAUGCAGCACAGUUACAAAACUUUAAUGGAGAACAACACAAGCAUUUCUACGUAGUGAUUCCUCAGAUAUACAAGCAACUACAAGAAAUGGAUGAACGAAGGACUAUUAAACUCAGUGAGUGUUACAGAGGAUUCGCAGAUUCAGAACGCAAAGUUAUUCCUAUCAUUUCAAAAUGUUUGGAAGGAAUGAUUCUUGCAGCAAAAUCAGUUGAUGAAAGAAGAGAUUCUCAAAUGGUGGUAGACUCCUUCAAGUCUGGCUUUGAACCUCCAGGAGACUUUCCAUUUGAAGAUUACAGUCAGCAUAUUUAUAGAACCAUUUCUGAUGGAACUAUCAGUGCAUCCAAACAGGAGAGUGGGAAAGUGGAUGCCAAAACCACAGUAGGAAAGGCCAAGGGCAAAUUGUGGCUCUUUGGAAAGAAGCCAAAGCCACAGUCCCCACCCUUAACCCCUACUAGUUUAUUCACAUCCAGUACUCCUAAUGGGUCCCAGUUUCUCACAUUCUCCAUUGAGCCCGUGCAUUAUUGUAUGAAUGAAAUAAAAACAGGGAAGCCCAGAAUUCCUUCUUUCAGAAGCCUCAAAAGAGGGUGGUCGGUGAAGAUGGGGCCAGCGCUAGAAGAUUUCAGUCAUCUGCCGCCAGAACAGAGACGUAAAAAACUGCAGCAGCGCAUUGAUGAACUUAACAGGGAACUACAGAAAGAAUCAGACCAAAAAGAUGCACUCAACAAAAUGAAAGAUGUAUAUGAAAAAAAUCCACAAAUGGGGGAUCCAGGGAGUUUGCAGCCUAAAUUAGCAGAGACUAUGAAUAAUAUUGACCGUCUAAGAAUGGAAAUCCAUAAGAAUGAGGCUUGGCUGUCUGAAGUUGAAGGCAAAACAGGUGGGAGAGGAGACAGACGACACAGCAGUGACAUAAAUCAUCUUGUUACACAGGGACGAGAAAGUCCUGAGGGAAGUUACACUGAUGAUGCAAACCAAGAAGUCCGUGGACCACCGCAACAGCAUGGUCACCAUGAGUUUGAUGACGAAUUUGAGGAUGAUGACCCCUUGCCUGCUAUUGGACAUUGCAAAGCUAUCUACCCUUUUGAUGGUCAUAAUGAAGGUACUCUGGCAAUGAAAGAAGGUGAAGUGCUAUACAUUAUUGAGGAGGACAAAGGUGAUGGAUGGACAAGAGCCAGGAGACAGAACGGUGAAGAAGGCUACGUUCCGACAUCAUACAUAGAUGUAACUCUAGAGAAAAACAGUAAAGGUUCCUGAAGAGGGUUUCUGAGGAAAUGGGCAAGAUGUUGAAGGAGGUUACAUGCAGCUGCUUUUGGGGGGAGGGUAUUAGAGUUGUCAGGCACAAAGAGUGAGAGAAGCAAGUUGCAUGAGUGCAUGCAGACAUGAUUUUUUUUUUUUUUUUUACUAACUUCGUUAGCAUUCCAUACAUUGUUUUAAAAAUUUGUUAUAAUACCAAUCCUUAAAUUCCUAGUUCACAGUUAUUAACAUAGAAGAAAGAAAAAAGCCAAUAAUGGCUGACCCUUUUCCAUUUAUUUUACUGGCGUGUCCAAAUCACAAAGAGUGCAGAGCUGUCAUAAAAAUUUGUCUUAUAUUUGAUUGUCUCAAUAAGACUGUCUCCACCCAGCUCUGUUUUAAUUGCUUUUUAGACCCAUUGUCUGUUAGAAUUCUUGCCAUGUGUCAUUGUCUGCCUGUGCCAUCUCCAUGCUUGCUUAACAUCCUGUUGCAUGUCCAGAGUGAUUAGACUUAGAUUUUUCAGGCAUGUCUUUAUAAUCCCUUGUUCAUGUCAAAGCCUUUGUUUUGUUUUACAUUUGUAGUGCAGAUCAUUUUGUCAAACAUCUCCAGCACUAAUGUUUCCAUCUUAGUAUUUGUGUAAGCUGCUACAACUUCCCCACUGCAAACAUUCCAAUUUUGGCAUUAUGAAGACGUGGUCUGUGAACCUGAAGUAUUUAUGAUAAGAAAAAAGAAAACAUCUCUGCUCUAGCCUACAGCCCAGUUGAAAGGACUCUUUGAAAAGUGAUACAUCUUCAGCACCUCAGUCUGGGAAGAAUCUAUAGUCAGCACUGAAGUCCUGGCAUAAUAAACACAGAAGAUACCACCUCAAGACAAAGGACUGUUGUCAAAAGUCAGCUGCUUCCAUUCAAAUGCUGCCUUAAACUAGAGUGCCUAAAUCUGUUGAUUGCCAACACUACCACUACAGUAUCCCACAAAGGGCUUUGUGUCAGCUCAGUGUGACCUCCUUUAACUCUGCAGCUCUGCUGCAGCUGCCGAUGUAGCCUCGGUAGAUAGCUUUUAGAGCUCUACCAUGUACAAUGGUGCAUCUUCAAAUUUAUGCAUCAAACUAAAGACAUGUCUGAAGUCCAUUUUACUUAGUGUUUUAUGAGAAGUUUUAUGAACCUCCCCAAUCGUCUUUUAAUUUGAGGUUAUAAUGAUCUCAUUUGGUUAUUGCAAUGAUAGUCUGUUUGCAAGUGAUACUUUUGUUUGAAUCAGAUAAAAUUUAGUGAAACUUUGUAAUGAUCUAUGUGCACUUUUACUUGUAAAACGGAAAUUUCUGUAUGUUUAUACUUGUAAAUAUAAUUGUCCUUAGUGUCCCUAUUGCUCAUGUUGUCAUGCCUCGCAUUUGUGAUUCUGUUAUUGACUUGUAUCUGAACUAAUUUCUUAGUGAUGUUGUACUAGGGAGAUGGGUGGGUGGGGAGUUAUUUGUACCACUGAAGCUUCAUUAAUUUGGUUCUUUACUGUUUUGAGGGGAGAAAUAACGUGAAAUGGUUUGUGUAUUAUUGGAUUUUAAGCAAUAUUUUAGAAGCUGUGUGACUGCUUUAAUAAAAUUUUCCCAGUGUUAUUUGAAUCAUACUACCAGUUACACUAAAGCUGAAUGACAAUUGUGUGAAAGUUAAUGCCUUCCUAAGAUCAAGUACACCACUGUUACACAGCUGACAUAGUGUAUUACCUUUGAGGCUAGUAAACUAUAAACUUUAGAUAUUGAAUCUCGUUACAGGGUUAUUUAUAUAAUGUGACAUUAUUCAAUACUGACGGACUACAUGAAGUAGUUUUAAAAUCUAGUGCUAUUUUUAUUUUAAAGGUUAGCAAUGAGAAGGAAAUGUGAUCUGGCUGUGUUUGUCUUCUGUACAAAGCCUGCAGUGCUUAUGUUUUUUUGGCUAACAGCCACAGAGGGCAAAGUUUAAGGCUUUCUUGUAAGGACUAACUGUUCUUUUGAAGCUACUGUUUGUUUUUCUAAAAGCAGAAUUUGCUUCCGAAGGAGGCAGGUUCCUUCAUGUGGAAUAGUGCAACCUGUAUAUGGGUUAUUACAAUAGGAAAGACAUUUGUACUUGCACAGUUUAAAUCAUUAUUAAAUCAUUCUUAAAUUUUGAACAUGUGAAUUGUCCAAAAGAAAUCUUUAAAAUUUUCAGUAAUUUUUACUCUUUGUGCACAUGUUGAUUUCUUAAUGGUAAAUUGUUUAAGAUAGUGUUCUCUGUUGAGAAUAUUUUCAUGGAAUAAAACAAUCUUUUCAAGGUCAGUUAA